AUGAAGGCGGGGCAGACAUUGCUGGCACGCGCCAUCCCCUUCAUUCGCCCCGUCAAGGUGAAUCCUGCGACCAAGAGGAUACCACUCACAACACUGAACGAUGUAACAAUGCUGUCCACGGUGACGAACACUGCCUUUUCGAAACAGUGCCAAGCAGUACUGCGAGAUGUCUCAAAGAAAAAACUGUACUCAAGCCGCUUCUGGGUGACCCAGCCGCAAUCAAGACGCUCGUGCAAUGCUGUAGUUCUUCCGGGACAGAAGCCGACGAUGAUUCACCUUCACGUUGAAAAAGUCAUUCCUUUGAAGGCGCUCAGCAAGAAGGACCAGAAGCAGGUCCUCGAUGAGCAUCCACCGUUCUUUGGCUCCGGCGUCGGCAUCUUAUCAGAGCGGAAGAAGUGGAAAGCCGUUAUGGCGGACCGACUCAUCCGACUUCUGAAUCCAGCGGAGGAAGAGCGCGCUCUGUUCAUCGAUGUGAAUAUAGCAAAGGAACUAGGGCUACAGUACAACAAAAAAGACAUGAUCGACAUCCGUUCCGCGAGCUCAGUGCUUGUCUUCAACUCGGACCAGCUUGACGACCCAUACAAGGGAGAGCCUCAGAAGGGACUGGCACUAAAUGCAGCGACUGGGAAGCGGCUUGGCCAGCCUGCGCAUGAUAUUCUUCUUGGUGUCGGUAUUCUUCGCGGUUACACGUCGCCGAUGUGGAUCGCAGAGGCGCAGAUGAAGUACCUAAAUCUGGAACUCAGGGCAAACUCGCAGAAGGAGGCAGUAUCGGCGCCAAACAUGACAGGGAUGAUUGUUUGUCUUUCGAUUUUGCCGCCAAAGUGCAAGCAGGAGCUGCUCAGCGAGCUCAAGAAGCAGCGUCCAGACGCUUUUGGGCACGACACCUUCUUCAUUUACAACGUGAACGGGUGGGAGGCGACACGGUCGCGCGUGCUUGUGCGGAACAUGGCUGCCGUGAAAGAUAAGAAAUACCCUUUCCACUUUGUAAAUCUGAAGGAUCUCAGGCUGCAGAAACCACAGUACUCAUCCGUUGUGACUCAGCUGACGGGCUGCAGAGCCCCUCUUGGUGCGUCUGCGCUCGAGGCCGCCACCCCUUCUACUGACAAAUCGGAGAAAGUAGAUCAAAGGGAUAACCUAUUGGUUCUUCAAGGGAAGAGGUUUCCCUUUUUCUUCGCCGAGGACGCGACGCGCCGUCGCUACUACAAUGCGGACUGCAUGACGAAGCCGUACUUGAUGAUGCCGUCUGUGAGACCCAUUGCUAUCCUUAAAGGGCGACUUCUUGGGGCCAGGGACGAGAACAUUCUUCGCACGUUUGCGCUGAAAAAGAAGCUAUCCAGCCCCAUUUGGGUAACAGAAUUCACGGCGGAGCGCAUGGGAGUACAUAUCGCUGCAACACAUAAGAAGGACUACGUCCUCAUCGGCGCUUCCGCCGCAGAUGCAAAUCCCGAUGAGGAGGCUGUAGAUGGCUUUUACAACAUUGGCGAUUUCGCCAAACCAGAGGAGAUUCUCUCCCUAUUCCCGAAAGCAAGCAAAAAAGUACACUUCAUGCUGGAUACCAAGUGGCGCGCCGUGCUGGGCAAGCAGCGGCAGGACUACCUUGCUUCGCUAAAGCGCGACGUGCCUCUAUGGGUCUCGGUGAAUGAGUGCCUCAUGUCUGGCUUUGAGCCGAGACCUGGGUCUACGCUCCUUUCGUUUCCGACAAACCGCAAGCGAGACAAGACGGGCACAAAGCUCUACAACUCGCAGUACACCACUGAUCCGGUGCGUGUGAUUGGUCUCUCUUCUGUGUACACGCGACCACAGGGGUUGACAAUGUAA